CAAGUAACUCUAGCCGUUCGGCCUAUAUUCCAAUUUCCUUUAUUGUCGUGCCGAACCGGCCCGUUCGGCAUAACCAAACUCAAUGUCGCUGUGAUAUUGAUUCGCAGCAUAAACCCGUAUACAGGACUGGUAGGGUUUAUGGUAACAGUGAGUAAAUCUUCUUAAUGGCUACUGGGUUAUGUCUUCAAAGAGCAUCAACCAAAUAUCUCUCUUAUCUCCGUAAUUAUUUGAGACCCCUUCACUCUUUGUCCAAUUUUAAUGAUAAAUCUUGGCUUGGAAAUUCCAGGGGCUUUGCCUCUGAGCCAAAUUACAGUAUCAACGAGGCCGGAGCCUCUGCUUUGGGCGUCGAUAAUCGUGUUCCGGCUACCGUUGUUACGGGUUUCCUCGGUUCUGGAAAGACGACUCUACUGAAUCACAUUCUAACGGCUGAGCAUGGCAAGCGGAUUGCUGUCAUUGAAAAUGAGUAUGGCGAGGUAGAUAUUGACGGAUCAUUGGUUGCUAGUCAUUCCUCUGUAUCUGAAGACAUUGUCAUGGUUAAUAAUGGGUGUCUCUGCUGUACAGUACGUGGAGAUCUAGUUAAAAUGCUCCUGGAGUUGGCUAAGAAAAAACGAGACAAGUUUGAUCAUAUUGUUAUUGAAACAACAGGCCUUGCUAAACCAGCACCAGUUAUAGAAACAUUUUGUGCUGAUGAACUGGUUUCAAAGUAUGUUAAACUGGAUGGAGUUGUCACAUUGGUUGACUCUAAGCAUGCUAUGCAACAUUUGAAUGAAGUGAAACCACGAUUUGUGGUGAAUGAGGCAGUAGAACAAGUUGCUUAUGCUGAUCGUAUUAUUUUGAACAAGAUAGAUUUGGUGACUGAGACUGAAUUGCAGAGAUUAACAGAGAAAAUCAAGCAUAUCAAUGCAAUGGCACCAAUUAAGCUAGCUAAAUAUGGAUCCGUUGACAUGGAUUUUGUUUUGGGUGUUGGAGGAUAUGAUCUUGAAAGAAUUGAUUCUGAAAUUCAUGGAGAUAGUUCUCAUGGUGCCACCCACCAUCAUGAAACUGGGUGUGGUCACCAUAAAGGGCAUCAUCAUGAUCAUGUACACGAUUCUGCUGUAUCAAGUGUCAGCAUUAUUUCCGAGGGAACUCUUGAUCUUGAUGAGGUGGAUGAUUGGCUUGAAAGAUUGAUAGAAGAGAAAGGGGAGGACUUGUACAGAAUGAAGGGUAUCUUGUGUGUGAAUGGUUCCGACCAGCGUUACGUGUUCCAGGGGGUUCAUUCGAUGUUGGAUGGCUGUCCGGGCAAAACAUGGGGAGCCGAUGAGAGGAAAAUAAACAAGAUUGUCUUCAUUGGAAGAAAUUUGGAUGAAAUUGCCCUUAGAAAGGGGUUCAAAGGCUGUUUAGUAUAACUUCAAUUAUAGGAAAAAGAAAAUUCAAAACGUAUUGUAGAACUUCAACAAUGUUACUGUAUUUUCUGAUGUUUUUGUUAGUGAUUAUAAACAAAAUCUAUUCUAAAACGACAAAGAAAAAUUUUACGAAACCAAA